AUGCUUUCGUUCACGGCCAUGUCUGUCCUCCUACCGGCUUUCACGUUUGUAGGGUUUGCGGGACUCAUCAUUGGUUUCUGCAUCCUUAUCCACCAGAGCCCGUGUAGUCGUUCCAGCAAUGGAUUGCGACUACGGGGAUUGUCUCGAGGACCAUUUCGUCGACCAGAUGUCGAAUCCACUCGAUUCCGAAGUGACGAUCACACUAGACACUUAAUGGACACUCUAAAGGAAACCGGAAUGGAUCAUGAGAACGCACCGGGCCUCGUUUCCCGCCUGCACUGGUUGCAUAGACUGAACCAUUUCCUAGACAUCCUCCAUAACACCGAAGAGUCGAUCCAGCAUGUCGCGGCGGGAAUUUCGAUGCUGAUGAAUUAUCACGAAGCCCAUCAGCAGGAAGCCGAAGAGGACCUUGUCAACCUUGUCUUCACACGAGUCCUGCAAGAUGGUAACCUUUCGCACUUGUACGCAAAAUUGUUUAAACGACUGAGGAAGGGCAGCGACAAGGCGUGGACUCUUAACAUCGUCCGCCGUUUGUUCCAGCUAUGCGUCGACGAAUUCAAUGCAGUAUAUCCCGAGUACCAGGAGAGUGCCCUCUUGAAAUGCAGAAGAGCAAAUAACGUGAAACUUAUGGCCUCCAUGUUCAAGAGGGAACUGCCAGGAAUACCGGACGAUUGGAUCACCGACUGUGCAAACAGUUUGAUCCGUCGAGUCGACCAGGACGUCAAUGAGCAAACGGUCAAAGAGCUCCAUCUCUUCGUCAAGACGCUAUUGCUACCCGAACCGGGAGAAAACUGCGCUCCGAUUCAUCCAUCCCGGCAAAGGCAACUGCUGGAUUGCUUCGAUGCGAUUGAACGGGCUGCGUCUCCACGCAGGGUCCAGCCAACACCUGCGCCUGAGAAAUUCGAUGGUGAGAGCUCCGCAGAAGACGAGGAUGUUGGUAUGGAUGGAUGUGAAGCCGACACGGACUCAGAGUCAGAGACAGCAUCCGGUAGUGAAGAUCGACGUCCGUUAUUGUCACACUCGGACUCUGAAUCAGAAUGCGUGAUUUGCUCGGAUGGAUACGAGGUCGAAGUGGGUACUGAUUCGGGUGAAACGGAAGAUGACUCGGAUACGGAUGGGGAUGAAACGAAUGAUGACACGGAUACCGAUGAGGACGAAACGGAAGAAGACACGGAUACGGAUGAUGAUGAAUCGGAAGGUGACACGGAUAGGUAUGAUUUGAACCCAAAACCAGAGAUGGAGAGAAAGACCGUAAAGCCUAUAGGAUUGAUAGAGGGCAUUAUCGUUUGGGUUCAAAAGGCCGUGAAUGUAAGUGAGAUGGCUAAAAAGAAGCUCGAAGAUGAGAGAUCUAAAAUGCUGGAGGAGGAAAGAAUUCUGCAAGAAUAUCGGGCUGAGAUGCGUAAGAAAACUGCUGCCGCUGCGGAAAGACGAAUUCUUAACAGCAGAAUUCGCUACCCUGUUCGCACGCGAAGACAUUAA